AUGGGUACGCAAAAGAAAGAGAAACUGAGAAGGGUUAAGCAGAAUGACACUAGAGACGGUAACCUCCGUGUCAAAGGGGAGAACUUCUAUCGUGAUGCUAAAAAAGUAAAGCAUUUGAACAUGUACAAGCAAGGCAGGGCCGUGCGUAAUGCAAAAGGUGAGAUUAUAAAAGCUGCUGAUUUGCAAAGCACUGACGCUCCAAUUGCAAGAGUUGACCCUAAUAAAAAGUGGUUUGGCAACACCAGGGUUAUUGCCCAGGAUGCCUUGUCUCAUUUCAGAGAGGCAAUGGGCGCCAAAAAGGAUGAUUCUUACCAGGUGCUUCUCAAAAGGAACAAGCUUCCCAUGUCCUUACUCAAUGAGAAAGACCAGUCAGAAAGUCCCACUGCAAAAAUAGUAGAGACCGAGUCGUUUUCUUCGACGUUUGGGCCUAAGCAACAGCGGAAGAAACCUAGAGUAGCUGCAUCGUCGCUAGAGGAUUUGAUGACAUCCGCUGAGCAGGACUCCACAACAUACGACGAAAAGCAAGAACUCAACGCUACUCUUGGGCUAAUGGGUGGCUCCAUCUUGGAUAAGGAUGAGUACACACAAGAAGCAAAAGAAGCUAUCUUUCAUAAGGGGCAGAGUAAGAGGAUUUGGAAUGAGUUAUACAAGGUUAUUGACUCUAGUGAUGUGGUGAUACAUGUUCUAGACGCAAGAGACCCAUUAGGUACACGAUGUGCCAGUGUUGAGAAAUACAUAAAGGAUGAGUGUUCUCAUAAACACUUGAUAUACGUUUUGAACAAGUGUGAUUUAGUUCCCACCUGGGUAGCGGCUGCAUGGGUGAAACAUUUGUCCAAAUCAUAUCCAACACUUGCGUUCCAUGCAUCGAUUACCAAUUCCUUUGGUAAAGGUUCGCUUAUUCAGCUACUUAGACAAUUUUCAACUCUUCACUCAGAUCGUAAACAGAUAUCAGUGGGUUUCAUAGGGUAUCCCAAUACAGGUAAAUCUUCCAUAAUAAAUACAUUGCGCAAGAAAAAAGUAUGCACUGUUGCUCCAAUACCAGGUGAGACAAAAGUGUGGCAAUACAUCACCUUGAUGAAGAGGAUAUUUUUGAUCGACUGUCCAGGUAUUGUGCCACCAAGCUCCAAAGAUACCGAGUCGGAUAUUUUGUUCAGAGGAGUGGUGCGUGUUGAACACGUGUCUCAUCCAGAACAAUACAUUCCAGAUAUGCUCAAAAAGUGCAAACGAAAGCAUUUGGAACGUACUUAUGAGGUGAAGGGAUGGAGCAAUUUCGAGGAAGACCCAUCACAAUUAGAGAAGGCAAGUAUAGAGUUUAUAGAGUUGAUUGCUAGAAAAGCGGGAAGGCUUUUGAAAGGUGGGGAACCGGAUGAAAGUGGAGUUGCCAAGCAGAUUUUGAAUGAUUUCAACCGUGGGAAAAUACCUUGGUUCGUACCGCCACCACAAGACGACGAAGUAAGAACAGGCGAGGAUAAGAAAGCCGGUUUUAAGCGAAAAAGGGCGGAAAGGGAAGAGAAAGAGGAGAAAGAGGAGAAAGAGGAGACAGAGGAGAGUCUGCCGAAAAAGGCUAGAGUUGAAAAAGAGGAUGCUGAGGAGGAAGAGGAUGAUGAUGAUGCUGAUAAUAAUAAGGAGGAGGGUGACACUUUAUAG